AUGGCCGACGGUGUCAUCAAGUCGAGCGGCCCUCGUCCGGCCUGCGAGCGCUGUCGCGGCCAGAAGCUGCGAUGUAUCUGGGAGACCAGCUCGCCGCAAUGUCGCCGCUGUGCCCGGGCUAAGGCCGUCUGCACCAUCCCACGAGCGCGUCCGAUGGGUCGUCCGCCGCGUCAGUGUCGCGACAAUUCGAGCUACUUUGGAUGCGAUGGCGAGCACCCGCCGUCGCUGGAGGACUCCAGACUGUGCAUGCAAUCGUCCGACGAGUCCAUGCCUCUGGACGGGCUGGCACCAUCUGCAUCUAUCGAGGGCCACAAGACGGCGGGACUGCCCUCCCCGGAUUCGUUGGGGUUUCUCAAUUACACUGCGCCGAUCGCGACCUUCGACGCUCCCAGUCGAUCCGACCAGGGCUUGUUCACGGCCCCGACGAUCGGCCCUGAUAUCGUGGCGGAUGGCUAG